GCGCCUCUUGGCCAGCCUUCUUUACGGGAUGGAGCCUUGAGGGGGGAUGCUGAGCUCUCCGAGUGUGGACUGAAGCCCCUCGCCUCCUUUUCAGUUGGAAGGAGGGCGCUCGGGAGGACGCACCGGCGGGGCCUUGAACCGAGCAACAACGACCAGAGCCGGCCGCCCCCUCACCCUUCCACCCUACUCCCCUUGACCCGCUCCCUCCUCCUCCUCCUUCCUUGGGGCAGUUGCUUCCUCUCCCCCAGCUCUGUUUUGGGACCCAUGGUUUGCUGAGGGAAAGCGUCUCGUGGAAUAUAAAGUUGGGCAAGGAGGAGACGGCGGGCGAGCCAGCCGCUCGAGGAGCGGAGCGCGGGGGCCCAAGGCGCCCCGACGGCGGCGGCGGCGGCGGGUCGGGAUUGACCCGCUUGGUGGGGGUGGUGUUCUGCUCAAGAGGAGAGCCCCAAGCCAUGGAGACGACGAGGCGGAGAUGGUCCACCAGGUGGAAGACGAAACGGUGGUUCGGGGAUGCCGCUUGGUCCGCGCUCCUCAUCACUUGCACGCUCCUGCUCCGGGCGACUGAGGUCAAAGGAGCUGAAUCCGUUGAUGUGCUCAAAGCAUUACAGUUUCAUAAUUCACCAGAAGGAAUAUCCAAAACAGCAGGAUUUUGCAUAAACAGAAGAAAUUCCAAAGGAUCAGAUGUCGCCUACAAAGUUUCAAAACAGGCACAACUCAGUGCUCCAACCAAACAGCUGUACCCAGGUGGAAAAUUUCCUGAAGACUUUUCAGUACUGCUUACUGUGAAACCUAAAAAAGGAAUCCAGUCAUUUCUGUUGUCUGUCUACAAUGAACAAGGCAUUCAGCAAGUCGGCAUUGAGGUUGGCAGGUCACCUGUUUUUCUUUAUGAGGAUCAAAAUGGAAAGCCUGCCCCUGAAGAUUAUCCCCUCUUCAGAACAGUCAAUAUUGCUGAUGGAAAGUGGCAUCGGGUAGCCAUUAGUGUGGAGAAGAAAUCAGUCACCAUGAUUUUGGACUGUAAGAAGAAAGCUACAAAACCACUUGAAAGGAGUGACAGAGCAACUGUUGACACCAAUGGCAUCACUGUCUUUGGGACAAGGAUUCUCGACGAGGAAGUCUUUGAGGGUGAUAUCCAGCAGCUGCUGAUCGUCAGUGAUCCCAGAGCGGCCUAUGACUAUUGUGAGCAUUAUAGCCCAGACUGUGAUUCCCCUGUGCCCAAUGCUCCCCAAGCUCAAGAACCUCAAGUUGAUGAAUAUGCAACGGACGAUUUAAUCGAAUAUGACUAUGACUAUGGGGAUCCAGAUUAUAGAGAUUAUAAAGACCUUGACACUGUAACAGAGGGACCCCCACUAUACGACGAGACUGUAGCACAGACUGAGGUCAAUGUUGUUGAUGAAUAUCAUGAAUAUAAUGUGGCUGAAACUGACUAUGGAACUGCUGAAGGCUAUCAAACUGCAACUCCUAGUCAAACUACGGGACCAAAUGAGCAAAUUCCUGUUGAAGAAGUAUUUACUGAAGAAUACCUAACGGGCGAGGAAUAUAACUCAGAAAAUAAAAAAACUGAGGAAACAGAUUAUGGAAACAGACGAGUAGACCACAGUGAAUCUGAAGUUGUGGUAGAUGGAGAUUUAGGCGAAUAUGAUUUUUAUGAAUAUAAGGAAUAUGAAGAAAAACCAACUAUUCCUACUAAUGAGGAGUUUGGGCCUGGUGUUCCAGCAGAGACAGAUAUCACAGAAACAAGCGUGAAUGGCCAUGGUGCGUAUGGGGAAAAAGGACAAAAGGGAGAACCAGCUGUGGUUGAACCUGGGAUGCUUGUAGAAGGACCUCCAGGGCCUCCAGGGCCUGCUGGUCUUAUGGGCCCCCCAGGUACACAAGGUCCUUCUGGUCCUCCAGGUGACCCUGGUGAGAGGGGUCCACCGGGACGUCCUGGGCUUCCAGGUGCCGACGGCUUAGCUGGACCUCCAGGUACCAUGUUAAUGUUGCCGUUCCGAUUUGGUGGAGGCGGUGAGAAGGGCCCAGCGAUCUCAGCCCAAGAGGCUCAAGCUCAAGCUAUUCUUCAGCAAGCCAGGAUUGCCAUGAGGGGGCCACCUGGCCCUAUGGGACUCACUGGAAGACCAGGCCCUGUGGGUGGCCCAGGUUCUUCAGGUGCCAAAGGAGACAGUGGAGAUCCAGGUCCUCAGGGUCCUCGUGGUAUACAGGGUCCAGCUGGUCUCCCUGGAAAACCUGGCAAAAGGGGACGUCCAGGUGCAGAUGGAGCUAGAGGAAUGCCCGGGGAACCUGGCUCCAAGGGUGACAGAGGUUUUGAUGGGCUUCCUGGUCUACCUGGUGAAAAAGGUCACAGGGGUGAUCGUGGCCCACAAGGACCUCCUGGUGCUCCUGGUGAAGAUGGAAUGAGAGGGGAAGAUGGAGAGGUUGGACCAAGAGGCCUCCCAGGUGAAGCUGGUCCACGAGGAUUGCUGGGCCCAAGAGGAACUCCUGGCCCACCAGGACAGCCUGGAAUCUCAGGUAUUGAUGGUCCACCAGGUCCAAAAGGAAACUUGGGCCCUCAAGGAGAACCAGGACCUCCUGGCCAACAAGGAAUUCCAGGCCCACAAGGUCUUCCAGGCCCACAAGGCCCUAUUGGAGUUCCUGGUGAAAAAGGACCUCCAGGCAAGCCUGGCCUGGGUGGACUUCCUGGUGCUGAUGGCCCUCCGGGACAUCCAGGGAAAGAAGGCCAGUCUGGAGAGAAAGGAGCCUUGGGGCCUCCAGGUCCUCAGGGUCCAAUUGGCUAUCCUGGCCCUCGUGGUGUAAAGGGUGCUGAUGGUGUUCGGGGUCUAAAAGGUGGAAAGGGUGAAAAGGGUGAAGAUGGCUUCCCUGGGUUUAAAGGUGAUAUGGGCCUUAAAGGUGACAGGGGUGAAGUUGGUCCAGUUGGUCCUCGAGGAGAAGAUGGCCCUGAAGGUCCAAAAGGUCGUUCUGGCCCCACAGGAGAUUCAGGUGGGCCCGGUCAAGCUGGAGAGAAGGGUAAACUUGGUGUUCCCGGAUUGCCAGGAUAUCCCGGAAGACAAGGGCCAAAGGGCUCUACUGGGUUCCCAGGAUUCCCAGGUGCAAACGGAGAGAAAGGUGCAAGGGGCUUGCAUGGCAAACCAGGCCCAAGGGGACAAAGAGGACCAACCGGGCCACGUGGAUCAAGAGGCCCGAGGGGCCCGACUGGAAAACCCGGCCCAAAGGGCACCGCUGGCAACGAUGGACCACCUGGCCCACCCGGUGAAAGGGGACCUCAAGGGCCACAGGGACCUGUUGGAUUCCCUGGACCAAAGGGACCACCUGGACCACCUGGAAAGGAUGGCCUGCCUGGACACCCAGGGCAACGAGGUGAAACGGGCUUCCAAGGCAAAACAGGCCCACCAGGCCCUGGUGGUGUUGUUGGACCUCAGGGCCCCACAGGUGAGACUGGCCCUAUUGGAGAAAGGGGUCACCCUGGCCCUCCAGGUCCACCAGGUGAACAAGGCCUUCCAGGUGCAGCUGGGAAAGAAGGAGCUAAGGGUGAUCCAGGACCUCAAGGCAUCAGUGGAAAAGAUGGACCUCCAGGACUUCGUGGUUUCCCAGGGGAAAGAGGCCUACCAGGAGCUCAGGGUGCAGCUGGUCUGAAAGGAGGUGAAGGUCCCCAAGGUCCACCAGGCCCAUUGGGUUCACCUGGUGAACGUGGCCCAGCAGGGACCGCUGGCCCUAUUGGUUUACCCGGACGGCCAGGCCCUCAGGGUCCUCCUGGACCAGCGGGAGAAAAGGGUGCUCCGGGUGAAAAAGGCCCCCAGGGUCCAGCAGGACGUGACGGAAUACAAGGACCUGUAGGACUUCCUGGCCCUGCUGGUCCAGCUGGUUCUCCUGGAGAAGAUGGAGACAAGGGUGAAAUUGGAGAACCAGGUCAGAAGGGGAGUAAAGGUGACAAGGGAGAAAAUGGCCCUCCUGGACCACCAGGUCUUCAAGGUCCUGUCGGCGCUCCAGGUAUAGCUGGAGGUGAUGGAGAGCCUGGCCCAAGAGGACAGCAAGGAAUGUUUGGGCAGAAAGGUGAUGAAGGCCCACGAGGCUUCCCUGGUCCUCCUGGACCCAUCGGUCUUCAGGGUCUUCCUGGCCCACCUGGUGAAAAAGGUGAAAAUGGUGAUGUUGGUCCAAUGGGCCCUCCCGGCCCACCUGGCCCAAGAGGUCCUCAAGGUCCAAGUGGAGCUGAUGGCCCUCAAGGUCCUCCAGGUUCGGUUGGCUCCGUUGGAGGUGUUGGUGAGAAGGGUGAACCUGGAGAUGCUGGUAACCCUGGGCCUCCUGGAGAACCUGGCACAGGUGGUCCAAAAGGAGAAAGGGGUGAGAAGGGUGAGGCUGGGCCACCAGGGGCAGCUGGACCUCCUGGUAUUAAAGGACCUCCUGGUGAUGAUGGACCAAAGGGUAACCCAGGUCCUGUUGGCUUUCCUGGUGAUCCUGGUCCCCCUGGUGAACCUGGACCUGGUGGAACUGAUGGAACCCCAGGAGAAAAAGGUGAAGAUGGAGAUCCUGGCCAGCCUGGUCCUCCAGGUCCUUCAGGUGAAGCAGGCCCCCCUGGACCUCCUGGAAAAAGAGGUCCUCCAGGAGCAACUGGUGCAGAAGGAAGACAAGGUGAAAAAGGAGCAAAGGGGGAACCUGGUACCGAAGGUGCUCCAGGAAAAACAGGCCCGGUUGGACCUCAGGGUCCAGCAGGAAAACCUGGCCCAGAGGGACUUCGGGGUAUUCCUGGCCCUGUGGGAGAACAAGGUCUACCUGGAGCACCAGGCCAAGAUGGCCCACCAGGACCUAUAGGUCCACCUGGCUUGCCUGGACUGAAAGGUGAUCCGGGGUCCAAAGGUGAAAAGGGACAUCCUGGCUUGAUUGGACUGAUCGGACCUCCUGGAGAACAAGGAGAAAAGGGUGACAGGGGUCUGCCAGGCCCACAGGGAGCCACUGGACAAAAAGGAGAUGGAGGAAUUCCUGGUCCUGCUGGUCCACUUGGUCCUCCUGGGCCUCCUGGUUUACCUGGCCCUCAAGGUCCAAAAGGCUCUAAAGGUUCAACAGGUCCUGGUGGUCAGAAGGGUGACAGUGGUUUACCUGGACCUCCUGGGCCUCCUGGCCCCCCAGGUGAAGUUAUUCAACCUUUGCCUAUCCAGUCUCCCAAGAAGACCAGAAGAUCUUCAGAUGCCAUGUUGUCCGAUGCAGCUGAUAGCAUCCUUGAUUACACUGAUGGCAUGGAAGAGAUCUUUGGCUCACUUAACUCUUUGAAGCAGGACAUUGAGCACAUGAAAUAUCCAAUGGGUACUCAGAACAACCCAGCUCGGACCUGCAAGGAUCUGCAGCUCUGUCACCCAGACUUCCCAGAUGGAGAGUAUUGGAUAGAUCCUAACCAGGGUUGUUCUGGGGACUCUUUCAAAGUAUACUGUAAUUUCACAGCAGGCGGAGAAACUUGCAUCUAUCCAGAUAAGAAGUCGGAAGGAGUAAGGAUUUCAUCAUGGCCAAAAGAAAAUCCAGGAACCUGGUUCAGUGAAUUUAAGAGAGGCAAGCUGCUUUCUUACGUGGAUGCCGAAGGCAAUUCCAUUAAUAUGGUACAAAUGACAUUCCUUAAACUACUGAGUGCCUCCGCCCGGCAAAACUUCACGUACAACUGUCAUCAGUCAGUGGCAUGGCACGACGUGUCUUCCGACAGCUAUGACAAAGCACUGAGGUUCUUAGGCUCAAAUGAUGAAGAGAUGUCUUAUGACAACAAUCCUUACAUCAAAGCACUUCAUGAUGGCUGUGCAUCAAGAAAAGGCUAUGCAAAGACUGUUCUUGAACUCAACACUCCUAAAAUUGACCAAGUUCCUAUUUUUGAUGUGAUGAUCAAUGACUUUGGUGAUCAGAAUCAGAAGUUUGGAUUUGAAAUUGGUCCAGUCUGUUUCCUCGGUUAAAUUUAGAGCAUUGUGAAGACCAUCGACAAGAAAAAUGCACCUUGGUGCCAUCACCAACCCACUUCAUGCCACAUGCAAGUUUUGAAUAAGGAUGGGAUUUUUAAAAAUUACAUCUCACCAUAUAUUUAUGUCUUCUCUAGGAAACACUGAGUGCCCCUGUAGGACCAGAAUCACAUGACUUAAACUUAUUUGGCAAAUUAUGAAGGAUUCUGUGGUGGACAGAAGUAACAUAUGGUUAAUUUUAUGAACACCUUCCACCACUGUUCCAUCCCACCCCACCCAACUGUACCUCCCUUGAUUUUUUUGGUGCUGUAAAAUUGAAUGUCAAGGUGCUCCUUCAAAUUUAAUGUGAGAGGUGCUAAGAAGACAUGUUUUAAUAAACUGUAAUUAUUCUGUGUACAGUACAAUGCUGUCAUUUCUGUGUCCAUUUCCAAAACUUGCAUGUGUCCCUGAAUUGCAACUGGCUCUUACGUUAUAAUAAUUUCAGAACUUAUGUUGUCAAUACUGUGUAUGUAUUAUGAAAAAAUAAAAUUGUAAU